AUGCAACGAGGCGAUUCCAAUGAUGCUUCCUUGAGUUCUGACACAGAAGGUCUUCAAACUUUUCCAUGCUCGGACGUCGAAGAUGCAGGCGCCGACAAUUCUCGAAAACGUCAAAAACGUCCGGGUUUAGCUUGCGCGCGGUGCCGAAGACGCCAUGUCAAAUGUCCCGGUGGACAACCGUGUUCCAAAUGUGCCGCUGCAAAAGUAGCGUGCGAAUACUCGGAACCGAACAAAAAACUGGUAGUGUCGAUGAAGUACUUGCAGAAAUUACAAGCGGAUUUAGCCGACCUGAAGCGUGAAAAUAUCAAAUUACAAGCGACAGUUCGCGAUAAAGCUCACCACAAGGAGGAAGUUGCUGCUUCUGAAGGUGGACAAACAUCUCUAGACGUGAAAUUUCAUGAAAAUUCAGUGGAAGAUAACUUAGAUGAUGAAGAAAUUGUACCUAAUUUCGCAGAACGACGUGGCAGACUUGUAGCGUCCAGAACAGGUCAGCAAUACUUUGUCGGUUCUUCGUCCAUGACUCUUUUUGGGCUCGAAAUUCAGUCGCUAAUUCCAAAAAGUAUGGCCAAAAAUUUCCAGGCUCAAGAUUUCAGUUCUCUUCAAGACCAAGCUGCAUCAGAGGUCAGUUUACCCUCAGAGCCAAUUGACGAGGUUUUGCAAGAAGAGGGCAAUGCAUACAAAAUCGUUUUAUCAAAAAAUGAUGGCGACGAAGACGUUAGCGUGAAUCUCACGCUCCCGUCCUAUUCAUAUUCGGUAUUGCUUAUUGAUACUUUCAUCACCUACAAUGACGGCUGUUUCUAUUUUUUCAACGAAGGAAUAGUAAAGGAGGAGUUGAAAAACAUCUAUGAGGGAUCACCAAGUGCGAACGAUAACACUUUACAGACCAUUUGGUUUUGUAAGGUUUUGCUGAUAUUUGCAACGGGGGAGAUGUACCUCGGCACUUCCAACAACACAAAUGGUACCAAAGCUACCGCCAAAGACAGCACUAGACUUCCAGGUUCCGGUUUCUUCGAGCAGGCUUCGAAAAUCUUUAGCUGUCUUUUCACUAGUGGCCGUAUUGAGAACGUGACUAAACAUGGUGGUCUGGAAGUCAUGCUAUUAUACGCUUUUUACCUGCAAGUCGCUGAUUGCACAGUGGCUUCUUAUUUUUAUUUUGGACAAGCCUUGCGCGCUUGUCUCAUUAUGGGGUGGCAUGUCGAUGCUCAAAGAGACACUUUGAGCCGUUUUGACUUGGAACAUCGUCGCCGUCUCUGGUGGACUGUCUACAUGUUUGAAAGAAUGCUUAGUAGCAAGGCAGGCCUUCCACUAAGUUUUGAUGACGAAAGCAUUACUACAGAGCUACCGGGAGAUUUCAACAUGACGAAUCCGCCAUCGAAGUGCGAACACUACAUAUUUCCGGAGGCAGAAUACAUCACAAAUUGUGUCAAAAUCACGCAGAUUAACUCUCAAAUCUUGAACAAGCUUUACCAGAGAGUUCCAACCUCUAAUAUACUACCCACCUUGAAAGAGAUUGUCAUUCAGCUCCUAGAUUGGCGAAAAAAGCUCUCUCAUUUUCUUCAAGUAGAUUUUGCCCAAAAGGAUUUCGAAAUUCCGAGACUGCAUACGAACAUUUUCACAGAAUACUUUCAAGGAAUGAAUUUAGCGAUUCGACCUCUACUCUUCCAUUUUGUCUCCUUAACGUUGAAGAAUUGGAACGAUAAUGCUACCUACAUCAAUCUACCGAAUUAUUCGAAAACUAUUUCUUCAUUGUUGAACUGCUCUUUGCAAGCAUCUAUCGGCACCAUAAAGUGCUUGUGGUAUCUGAAGAAUCAAAACAUGGUUGCUUUAUUUGGAUACAUGGACCGCGAAUACCUAUUUACCUCAGCUUGCACACUUCUACUUUUUAACGCAGCUUUUGGUAUCUUCGAGCAAACUGCUGAGCACCUCGACCAUGCUUUAUUGAUCUUUACAAAAAUGCGCAAUUUGGGUAAUAAUCCGGCGGGCCUGCGACGAGCUCAAAUGCUCAGGUUAAUGUGCAACUUGGAUUUGCAAGGUUCAAUGAAGGGACUGAUAGAAAAACACUAUGAUGAUUUAAAGCCAGACGUGCAAUAUGAGAACCAAACCUACAAGGAGACGAGCAUCAUAUCCAUUCCUGUAACCGAAGAGCCCAAAUUGCGUCAUGCGCUACCUUCGGAGCAGUCAAAUAUCAAUAAGGAUAGAGUAAGAAAGAAAACUGGCACUAAAAUUAUUGAGAACAAUUCAAGUUCUUUUGAGCCAUUGUCGUUAGAGACCACCAGCGAUAUACAGAAAUUCCUGGAUGGUCUAGAAAAUAUUGAAUCGUUCGAAACUGAUUUAUGGACAGAAAUUUCCAAUAGAGCGAUGUGGUUAGGAAGUGGAGGAAAUUCAACAGAAGUUAUGAAUGAAGACAAUGUUUUCGCCAACUUUAGUGGUUCAAUAAAUGGUAACUGA